AUGGGCACGGACGACGGCGCGAAGGGCGCCGCCGCCGGCGGCUCCAAGGCGUCGACGGGAGGUACGUCCGACGCGAAGGCCGCGGCGAGCGACGACGCGUCGUUAGAGCGCGUCGAGGACAGCGCGGGAGGCAAGGCGCGGUUCGUGCACACGCUCUGGCGCGCGACGUCGCUCGCGAAGAUUUACUACUCCGGCGACCACAAAGUCCGCGCGCGGACGUUGCUCGCGGGGAUGCUCUUCAUGUGCGCGACGACGACCGCGCUCAUGGUCGUGUUCUCGUACGUCCAGCGAGACAUGAUGACCGCGCUGUCGAACAAGGACAAGGAGGGGUUCUACGAGGCCAUCUACAAGUACCUCGGCGUCAUCGCAAUCGCGGCGCCGCUCUUCGCGAUGUACCAGUACGUCCAAGACCUCGUCGCGCUGGAGUGGCGGCUGUGGUUGACGCGUCUGCUCGUCCGCGAGUACUUCGGGAACGACGCGUAUUUCAAACUGAAAGCGGAGGGGAGCAUGGACAACCCGGAUCAGCGCAUCUGCGACGACACGAGAAACUUCGUCAACGCGUGCAACGCCGUGCUGCUCGCCUUCGUGCAGAAGAUCCUCUCCAUGGGCGCGUUCUUCGGGGUUUUGUACGGCAUCUCCCCAAACUUGCUGUACUUUUGCUUCGCGUACUCGCUGUUCGGGACGAUCGUCACGACGAAGUUCUUCGGCGCGCGGUUGAUGGGGCUCCAUUAUCAAGCGUUGCGACGCGAGGCGACGAUGCGUUUCGGGUUAGUCCGAGCGCGAGAGCACGCGGAGAGCAUCGCGCUGUACCGAGGCGCGAAGCGCGAGGCCGCGAACGCGCGAGCCGCGCUCGCGUCCGUCGCCGCGGUCAUGUACCGCAGAGUCGCGUGGAUUCGAAACCUCACGCUGUUCACGAACGCGUACGACUUUGCGACGUUUUGUUUGCCGUCGCUCAUCAUCGCGCCGCGGUAUUUCGCCGGCGAGGUUGAGUUCGGGGUCGUAACGCAAGCCGGGUUUGCGUUUCGUACGGUCCAGUCCGCGCUGAACAUCAUCAUCAACAACUUCGAAACACUCAGCGGGUUAGCCGCGGAGACGGAUCGUCUCGAGAAGUUGCUCGCGUUGCUCUCGGGAUCGCCUCCUCCUCCUCCCCCGGUCUCAUCAACAGACGAUGACCCGAACGAGCUGAUGUCGCUCAAGGACGUGUCCGUGCGGACGCCGAUAACGGACCGUCUCUUGUGGCGCGGGCUCACGCUCGACCUGAAAGACGGCGACUCCGUCCUCGUCGUCGGUCCGUCCGGGUGCGGGAAAUCAUCGCUCCUGCGCGUCGUCGCGGGGGUCUGGGACUCCGGGUCCGGGGACGUCGUCGCCCCGCCGAGGGACGACGCGCUGUUCCUCCCGCAGACGCCGUACAUGCCCCUCGGGAGCUUGCGCGCGCAGCUGCUGUUCCCGGCGGAAAUCGGCGACGCGGACGCCACCGCGACCGCGGCCGAAGAAGUCGAGGCCAUCAUCUCGGACGCGUCGCUCUUCACGGACGACGACCUCCACGCCGCGUUGGACGUCGCCGGUUUAGGGGACUUACCGAGUCGGUUCGCGAACGAAGGCGGCCUCGACGCGGUCGAGGAGUGGACGGACGUUCUCAGCGCCGGGGAACAACAACGCGUCGCGUUCGCGCGUUUAUUCCUCCGACACCCCUCCGUCGCGUUCUUAGACGAGGCCACGAGCGCGCUGGACGAGCGGAACGAGUCGCGGAUGUACGCGAGCCUGAAGAAGCACUGCUCCGCGUACGUCAGCGUCGGGCACAGGAGCACGUUGCUCGCGUUUCACUCGCACGUGUUGCGGUUCGUCGCCGCCACCGACGGCGGCGGGUCGUGGGUGUUGGAACGCGCGGAGGAGUACGAGAAGACGCGGUUUGGUGGGGGUGGUCGCGAGAAGGGCGGCGGGAAGGGCGACGGCGACGGCAACGGCUCGUCCUGGGGGUUCGGGGCGUGGUAG